AUGAAUAACAAACAAGACAUUGCCAACUGUCAAUUCUGCAAAUUCAGGUAGAUCAGAAUUAUGGAGAAAGAAAUACAUAAGAAGUAUUUGAUAAAUAUGAAGGAAUAGAUACUUUGAGUAGUUUAACUUCUAUUUUGCUAAGCCGAUAACAGAAAUAUUAGCAAAUGUUCCUGUGGAUCAUGUCAUUUUGUUUAAAGACUAAUUGUACUUGCAUGAUGAAAACGAAUACAUGAAGCGUUUUUAUUAAAGAGAAGAGUAAGAUCCGAGGUUAAAUUUACUUUGCAAUUUCUACUUUGAGUAACAUAAAGUAAAUCAUGAAACAUUAUACAAAAAUAGAUGAUACAACCAAAUCUAUGUAAAGUUAAUGCUCAUAAGUUUAUGGAGAAGAGAUAGAAUAAAUUGCUAAAAUUACAAUAAAAAGCAUAAAAUAGUUAGAAUCAACAACCAAUUACUAAAAAGAUGAUUCCAGAUCAUAUUUUUAGUGAAAAUUAUGUUGAAUCCGUAUCUGAGUAGUAUCGACAUACUUAUUUAGUUCCUAUCCGAAGGAACAAAUUUCUUGGGACAGCAAAUCUCAUAAUAUCUAUGAGAUAUCAUAAGUUGAAGCAUAGAAAUCAAUACCAAUCAACAAACCAACACAAUAAUUUCAAUGUUCAAUCGUCAAUACAUCUGGAGAUCAUAACAAAUUAUUUAAUUGUUAAAAUGACCAAGAACUAGAUAAUGUCUUUAAUGAUCUAAAUGGAUAAACAUCAAGGAAUUUGUCAGCUGUUACUAAGGUUCCACUUAAGAAGAAACCCCCCUCAAGUUCCAAUGCUAAGAAGAACCCUCCAUCUCAAUUAUCUCAACAGCCUAAGAUACCUGUUCCCCCUUUGAAACUACAAGAAAGUGCAAAAUCUUCAACUACUGCAUGUCCGAAUAAUAACAAAUCCACUAGCAUCUAAUCUUUAAUGAAGAAAUACGAUCAAAUCUUACAAAAGCGAUUUUAAGUCAAGGAAAUACUCACAGAACGAAAUGACACUCGUUAUGGUACAAGUUGUGGUGUUGGUACUGUUAGAGGUGAAGGUGGAUCAUCAAAAAAGCAAAUAACAGAUGAAAUGCUGCUUAAACUUAUUUAAAAUAUGAAGAAAUCAAAAAAUAAAUCUGAUAACUAUCAAUUUCAUGCAUCUUACAAGAGUGUCGUCUAAUAAGCAUAAAGUGGACCCACUCAAUCAUGUACAUUUGAGAAGGAAAACGAAAAGAAGAAAAAAUAUCAAGUUUAUUUGGUAUAGUUUUAGUUAUUAAUAGGAUAGCCGAAAUAGAUAAAAAAGAAUCCUUCGCAGAUGUCAUCACCCACCACUGUUUAGAAGUAAGGUAUAUUAAGUUAUGUUAGUACUUGUUCUCCCUCUAUGUUGUUGAGAUCACUAUCAAAUCCUUCUAUGGCUCCUUCACCGUUGAGGAGACUGGAAAUAAAAGUCAAUCUUAAUAAGUUAAUUCAAUAGCAGGAAUAAGAAAUUGGGUAUUGGACUUAAAGAUGCAAAGUUCGUUGA